AUGCCGGAGCUCAUGGCGAUCGUGAAGACCCCCAAGGAGGCGUUCCAGGGCAUGAUUGACAAAGGCGUGUCGAUGGGCGGCGACGCGUCCAUCAAGAUCUUUCACCAGUCCUUCUACGCGGGUUGCUACAUUGGCUUUGGUGGCAUGCUGUCGAUGGUGGUGGCUGGCGGUUUGGACAAGGCAGCAGAGGACAACCCGACCAUCCAGACCUUUGUAUUCGCUGCGCUCUUCCCUGUGAACCUGCUGCUCAUCUUGCUCACAGGUGGGGUGCUGAUCACAGGUACAGCUGCGACCGUGCCUGCGGCGGUGUGUGAAGGCAAGCUGCACUGGAAGCAGAUCCCUAGGACGUUCGCGCUGGCUUGGAUUGGCAAUCUGCUUGGCGCCGUGCUCUUCGCUUUCUUUGUCGAGGCCUGUAACCUGAACGUGGGCUUGACUGCCAAGCUUGCGAUGAAGGUGGCGGAAAAGAAGAUCAAGGAGAAUUUCUUCGUCACCUUCCUCAAGGGAAUCGGCUGCAACUGGCUGGUGUGUAUGGCCGUGUUCCUGCAGGGCCAAGCGCAGGACAUGCCUGGCAAGAUGGUGGGCAUCUGGUUCCCCAUCUCUUGCUUCGUGGCCAUCGGCUUCGAGCAUAUCCCGGCCAACAUGUUCAUGAUUCCCUUGGGGAUGAUAGCUGGCGCCGACGUGUCCGUGUGGGACUGCCUCUGGAGGAAUUUCAUCCCAGUGACCCUCGGGAACAUCUUCGCAGGCUCGCUCUUCGUGGGCGUGGGCUACUCCUUCGCCCUCGGCAGGUUGGGCAGCUCCCCGAUGUUCAACAUGCCCGCGAGGGAGCUGGGUGCGCCAAAGGAGCAGAAGGCCGGCGGCGUCAACAACGAGCUUCCACCUGAGGCACAGGGCCUGUGA